UUUUCAGGGUAGGAUACCUCAGACAUGGUUAAAAUACUUGUAGGAGAAAUAUUAUGUAUAUUAGCUUCAAAAAUAAGUCUAAUGCCUUGGUGUGCUUGUGUUUAUCAGAAGAAUAACAGAAUCACAUGAUGCAGUAAGCAUCUUGGUUUUCUCUCUGUAUGUAAAAAGGAGAUGAUGAAAAGAUUUGUUGAUUGCCUACAAUCUGUUUUAUCCUUACUCAUUACUAGUAACAGAGUUAGCUCAGUUUUCAAAUUUAGAUGUACUGUAGUGUCAUCACAGUAAGUUGGAACACACACAGUUAGACACAGAGAUGGAGAAACUCUUAGUGUUCAGUGUGCAAUGAAGGUUUCCUGUGGAUCAGUCCUCCAGUCCUGUAUUGCAUCUCAUGAGGUGUAAAAUGACUGAAUGCAUUCUGUCCUUAAUAAUUUAGUAGCUUCCUACAACUGCUCCUCAAAAUAAAUAAGCCAAUCUGUUGCAUAGGAAAACCCACCUCCCACACAUGCAUGAACAAAGCACUCUCACCAAUUAUAUUUUGUACAUAUAUACCAGAAAAAAACUCCCUUCUUCUUCUAUGGAGUAAUUUCCACAGUCUUUUUAGACAGGUUGCUCCAGUGCUUAGUUACCUCUACAUUAAAUAUGUUUUCCUCAUAUCCAGUUGGAACCUGCCCCGUUUCAACUUAAGACCACUCUCUCUCAUUCUGUCACUUCCCACUGCCUUCUCCAUGACUGUCUCUUGUAAGGUGAACUACCUGGCAUAACCUAGAGCAGCACUGAGGCUGCUCCGACCUUGCUGAACAAAAAUAUCCCAUCAAACUUUUCCAUGUGGGCUUUCUUUCAGACAGUUGUACCUGUGUUUAUAUGGAUUUUUUUUCCCUGACAUAACACUACAAAAGAGAUUAUGAGCCAGACCAGCUUGCUGAGAUGAAAUGGGUCUUUAUGUCUUUGUGGUAUAUUUUAUCCUGCACAACCAACUUUGCUGUCCUGUGAAAGCAAGUUACACUGUUGACAUGAAUGGGCAUGCAACUCCAGGAUCAGCAUUUUUCACACAUGGAAGUGGUCUGCCAGCUGGAGGAGGAGAGAUCAGCAAGUCCACGCAGAACCUCAUCAGUGCUAUGGAAGAGGUGCCUGCAGACUGGGAGAGGGCAUCCUUGCAGCCUGUUAGUCAAGCUAGUGCUGCCUUUAAGCAGAGUACACAAAUUGGUAAUGUUUUCCACUCUUCUGGAGGAUGCAGUACCAGCUCAUUAGUUGCUGAUGAAGAAUCACAAGAGUUUGAUGACCUAAUAUUUGCUUUAAAGACUGAUUACAAAAACCAUCAAUACAAGUCUUGUUCUUUGACUUCCCCCUUUACACAAGCUUCUAAAUUAUGUACAGGACUUCUGAUUAUGAAUGAAGCAUAUCCUGACAGCCCAGGUUUUCUCUUAUCUCCAACCAGGAAUGAAACCUCCCUUAAUGUCCUGAUUUUUUUAUAUGGCAAGAUGACCCCAUGUGUCUUUGUCCUUCCAGCUGCAACCAGUUUCCACAGACUUCACUAUCCAAAUGCAUCUUUUGAGACUGUGAGUACCACACUGGAUCUGAACACAUGAGAGAUGAAUCAAGAGUUUCUCAGCAGAAAUGCUGGUGAAUUUACCAUAUAAAUUUGACACAAGAUUGGUUUUAAGGAGAGAAGAAAGAGAGACUUUGAAUGGCCAACAUGGAAGAUGAUAGAAGCCUGUCUUACCUGAUUAUGGCUGAGACAGAAGGCUGCAAGUAGAAGUGGAGUAGUGUGACAGUAGACAGCCCUACAGGCCUAAACCAAAGGGGAACAGGGCUUUAUGGCUGAUGUUAUAGUUGCUAUGAACUCAAGUAAGAAUGAGUUUCCUACACAAGCAAUGUGAGGGAGCUCUUGAUUUAUUUUAUUUUAUCCUUUCAGUUUCUUAGCAUAUUAAAAGCCUGGCCAAACUCAGAAUAGGGGAGGUAUUGAGAAAAGGUUAUCUGAAGGUGGAACCACAUGGACAUUGUCAACUCUGGCUUACAGCUGCAGAAUAUUUGUGCAGCACCUCCAGUGGAGCACAGGAGGAGGAGUAGGUAGACUGAGUCCUGCUCCGUUUCCUUCCCUUUGAUUCAGAAGCUGGAAACAGGAGAACAUGGCACACUUGUGACCUGAUUUUUGCACUGUCCUUCAGGAACUUGAUAGCAGUCCAAAAAACAUUCCUCAGAUCACAGGCUGUUGACACAGUACCUCAAUAUGAACAGUGAAAAGGCUGGCUUCGUUCUAUAUUUACAGCUGCUGGCAGCCACCAGGAACUGUGCUGUGCUUGAAGCAUUUCUAGCAUGCUCAAAGGUAGCUCGUAAGCCCCAGAAAAUGAAUGUUAUACAACAAAUUUGUUCUGAUAUAACUGGGCUUAGGGUGUUGCCAACUGAUGCCCCUUGCGUUGACCUACUGAAUAUUAGCCAUGGUAUUGUGUUUCUUGAUUUUCAAAACUAUUUUUUGUGCUGCUUUUUUUUUUUGCUAGUAACUGCCUGAGCUGUUUUACUGUAAUGUCAGCUGGGUACCAGCAGGAGGAAAAACAACAAGUCAGAUGUUUUCAUGCAAAAGAGUUCAUUGCUGGUUCAUCAAAAGAGGUUCAUUGCUGCCUUAUUAGGCCCACAGAAAUAACAAGGGGCACAAAAAGUACAAGUAAGAGAAACCUGGUACAUAGAGGGUAAGAGAAAUAUAUUUAAAUGUCCUUUGGCAGAGCACAGAACAUCCCUUCUAUGAAGAAAAAUGGAUAUAAUUCGGUUGAAAGUUUUUAUUCUUUAAAAAGGAAAUUAAGAUUUCAGACUUCUGAAAGAAGCAAGAAAAAAGAGCUGACAAUUGCUGAUUAAUUUUUCUUUGCUCCCUUCUUUCAAUAAUUCCAAUAGAGUUACCAUUAUGCUUACUGAAGAAGGAAAAAUCCUGGAAGCAUCAGAAAAUGAGCUCAAAUUCAAAACAAAUUCAAACGUGUAAGUUUGCAUCUGUGAACAAGCCAUACAGUUGUACAUUUAUUACUAAUAUACAAAUGUGCGGAUUUCUUACCAUAUCUUCAUUAGUGGAUUUUACGUAUAGAAGAUGGAUGGUAGUUUAUCUUCUGUUCUGACUUCCCUUCAGCUGGGAAAAAAAAAAUCUCUGACUCAUACUGAAGUGUAUUUUUUAUGGGUUGUGAUGGUUUUACCUUUCAGCCUCAGUUUACAAGAUAUACUAGGCAAAAACAAAGGAAGGAAGAAUAGCCUCAAGUGAAUGAAGUCAUGUGUUAUGAACUUCUGGAAGGGAGAGGGGGACAAGUCUUAAUAAAGUUUUUUAGCGUGUAUCAAGUAGAAAGUAAAGCCCAGAAAAGAAACAUUCAAACUAAGAUUUCUGCAAGCGAUUCAACUAAUUUUUUCCCUUUUCUCUAGUUGGCUGGUAAUGCUGAGGCCCCAGUCUGUUUCAAACCAAUAAUCCUAGCUACUCAAAAUCCUUGAGUUUUAGUUUCUCUGUCUUGGAUACAAAAGGCUAAUUUUUAUAUUUGUUAAGACAUUGAUUAAAUUUAAACUCUGUGGUGUGACUCUUGAAUUUAGAGGCAGCAGUUCUGCUGUUGCAUAUUUACUGGCAUGGGAUGUCAGUGAUCAGAGAGAUAAAAUAAUCCUCUAACAGAGUAAAUGAACUAAAAAUAUUAGAGGUGCUACUCUGCACUUUUGCGAUUACGUCUGUAUAAUAUGAGACACAUCACCCACUUCCACUAUAAUACCUUAAGAAUACUGUUAAAAACACAACCUGAAUAAGUAGGAGAUCUUUGCAGAAAUGGGAACUUGUGCAAAUUCCCCCAGAGGAGUUAUGAGCAGUGCUGGUAGAACAGCAGUCUGAGGUCAGCAGUAGCUUUCAUACAGCAAAACUUAUAAACAAGCUGGUGAGUCAAACUCAUUUCCUUGACUAAAAGGAAUAGGAUUUCAUAAACACAGCAAUCACUUUGUGUUCUCCAAACCAACUGUGAACUGUUUUUGUCAGUUUAUGCAGCCGAGAAAUGGAGGGGAAGGCAGCUGUUUCCAGCAGCUCUUUUGGAAACACUUCUAAAAAGAGGCUCUUUCAGAAAAUAUAAUAGUGGUUAGAUUUUGGGUAUCAGGGGAGACAUUUUAUUAGGACUUAUUUAACUUGACACUUAACACUGCCUUAUUUGACCUACUCUUUGUUGAACUGGUAUAUUUUUUUCAUGUUUACUCUAUGAGUUAAUUCAUGGUGGCUUCAUGUCCUUCUUAAUGGUUUUACUUGUGUUUGAAAAAGUCAGUGUGUAAGAUCAACCUAAUAAAACAUUCCUCAUAAAAUUCACUGUCUUUCUAGUGAGGCAGCACGGUCCUUCAAAUCUUUUUUAUUUCAGUGGAAAUUCAGAUAGAUCAGAUUUGUAAGGGAAGUAAAAACCACAGUAAUGCAAAUACUUUUCCAUUUAAAUUCAGAACACUGUUUCAAGCAUUUAUUAUAUUUUAUCAGCCUUUUCAAAAUGUUGUAAAUCAGAUGAUCAAAUAUAAAAUGUAUUCUGUAUUCAGUUACAACUUUAUUCCAAAGGUUAUAUUUUAAAUAUUUUAAUUCACAAAAAGUUGAUAAUGCCUUUAUCCCAGUUCAUAAAUAUUCUGGUCCUCAGUGCAACUGCAGACCAGCUGCACACCAUGAAUUCACUUUCCUGGACAUUUCAUGCCUAUGGUCAUAUAAGAGGCCUAGGUGAUAGGAAAUGCAAAGAAUACUCUGAGGUCCAAAGUCCCACCUGCAGUUGCCCAUGGUGGAGGAUUGAUUUAGCGUACACACACUCUCCUUCAGAUCUCCAGGGCAUGGUCUGCAAAAAUUUCCCGUGUUGUUCUGCAGCUGUGUUCUUUGUGUUAUGUCAAUAGUGGUGUUGACACUGAAAGGGUAUUGAAACAUCACAAUAUACUACUGAUCUAAGGGUUUUGUAAAUAAACUGUAAACUGUGAAGGAGAGAAUGUGUUUGUCUCCUUAUCUCUCUAACCUUAUCUUGCUCUUGUUCAAAGUCUUGCUGGAAGGCCAGGAUCUCAUGCAAGAGCUUUGUUUUUUGUUUCUUUGUUUCUUGUUUCUCUGUUUCUUGAAGACUCAGAUUGGCAUUGCCCCUAUCUCAAGGAUGUGCUGCUGCCCUUACCACCACUUAGCCCAUGAAGGCAGAGAGAGGAGGUGGGGACAAGUUCUGACAGUGGUUCCUCCUGCUCUCCACUGUCAGUGAAAAGCAAUGAAGAGCUUCCUCCUACUCCAUUUCUGGAGAUGGUGGCAGAACCUAAUGGAGCAGGUCUUGAAUCAUCACAGUACAGUGAAAGCUAUCCAUCAUCCAUAAUAAACGCCUCUCACACUUCUCUGCUGUCCCACUCUGCAGGCAGAGUUCAUGUUGUCAAGAUUUUGGAGCA